GAAGACUCUAGCGAGAUUUUGAAAUUUGAAAUUUGUAACGGACAAAUUCACUGGACCUCCUUUUCCAGUACUACAACUCUUCCACUCCAUCUCCUCCACUUUCAGUCUGCCUCUCUCCCUCUCUCUCUCUCUCUCUUUCUCUCUCUCCCACUCACACACACGCACGCAAAUACACACACAAUGGCGUCUCUGACUCCUGGAAUCCUCUUGAAGCUCCUCCAAUCAAUGAACUCCACCGCACGUGUCACAGGGGACCACCGCUCGGCUCUCCUCCAAGUCAUCGGCAUAGUCCCCGCCCUUGCCGGCUCUGACCUCUGGCCCAACCACGGUUUCUAUGUCCAGCUCUCCGAUUCCCUCAACUCCACCUACGUCUCGCUCUCCGACCGCGACAACGACCUCAUCCUCACCAACCGCUUACAGCUCGGUCAGUUCGUCUAUGUGGACCGCUUCGACUUUGACUCACCCGUCCCACGGGUGUGCGGAAUCCGCCCAAUCGCUGGCCGCCACCCGUUCGUCGGAAGUCCUGAACCACUCAUUGCCCGCAUUUCGGCCUCAAAACGCGAGUUCGUGAUUCAGCCUGUGGCGGAUUCAGAUCAAUCUGCCGACCCGAUUGCGGUUUACCUGUCGAGCAAGAAAUUAGGCGAACAUAAGGAAUGUUCAAAGGUUGAGCCUAAAGGCGAAAAGGGAAGAUCAAGGCAGGCUCUGGCACCUCGGGACAACUUACCUAUUGGAAAUGUGGGGAAUUCUGAUGAAUUAAAGGUUUCAGAUAGGCCUCAGAGGUUCUCAUCUCCAGCGGGGGCUAAAAGAUCUGUAUCAGUCGGAAAGAAGAACAUGGCUGCGGUGGGGAGAGACCCCUCACCGGCUGCAAAAGGCAAGCGGUCAGCAUCCCCGGUGCCAUCAAAAUGUGUGGUUCCGAGCUUGGUGGCAGCUCGAGAAGAUAGCCUAAAGGCGUCGAAGGAGCCAGCGAUUAUCGUGCCCUCUAGGUACCGGCAGCCUUCUCCAAACGGUCGGAGGCAGGCCUCGCCUAGUGUGAGGAGAGCUUCGCUUUCUCCGGGGAGGAGGUUAUCCGGGGGUGUCAAGCUUUCACCUAUAGUGGCAGGUGGUGCUACGGAUUCAACUGGUAAGAAGAAGAUGGCAACUAUAGUUGCUGGAAUUUCGAAGAUUUCCGAAGCAAUUGCUGGUUCUGCAAAGACAAAUCGGAAGAGUUGGGAUGAGCCACCAGCGGGGACAGCCACUGUGGAGCAGAAAGAGAAGAGUGUUUCCAGGAACAAACCGGAUCUGCAAGCAAUUUUGCGGACUCAGGCUGCAAUUUCUAGACGUUUAAGCGAUGUGAAUGGUCGAAGACCCAAGACUGAUGAUUCUUCAUCUGAUGAGAAGACAAAACUUAGUUCUCCCGAUAGUUGUCUGAUUGAGGAGAAAUCAAACAUUGAAGCUCUAGGCAUCACUGUUCAUGAAAAGAAAUGGACCGAUGGCAGUGUUCCAUUGGAUGCAUUGUCAGCAGAUCUUGCAAGUCUUGGGAAGGAGGCCAUGCAAAGGAAAGUGCUUGCUUCUGCAGCUGCAGCUGAAGCAUUGAGGGAGGCCCUUGCUACCGAGUCUAUUGUAAGGAGUUUAAGCAUGUUCUCAGAACUCUCUUCUGCAUCCAAGGCUGGAAACCCUUUACCCACAAUCGACCGAUUCUUUACUAUCUAUAACGACGUUGUGAGAUCAACUGCAAUUGCUGAAUCAGUUUCGAGUAGCCACAAUUCUGACACACCUAAUGAUAACAUCCCCCCAGAGCCUUCAAAUCUUUGGGUUGAAGCUGCCUUGGCCACAGACCUUCAGAUUGUCUCCCUACUUACCAGCCAAGAUCGUGAGCCUCCAUCAACUCUGCAGAAAAGUUUGUCAAAACGGCAAUCUCAUAAUGCACCUGGCAAGAACCAUCUAAAGGCUUCCUCGUGUCCACCAUCCAAUCCUAGUCUUGGGGUGUGGACCAGGGGCCAUGGAAUGAAAGAGACAGUGGAGCUUGCAAUGAAGUUGAUGUCUGAAAUGCAAGCGUGGUUUCUAAGAUUCGUCGAGGAGUCCCUUGAUGCAGGUUUUAGGGUGUUCGGGGAUGGGGGUAAAUCAAUAUCUCUUGAUGGUAGCUCCAUUGCAGUAGUUUUAUCCCAUUUGAAACGAGUCAAUAAUUGGUUGGACCUUGUGGUUUCCAAAGGGGAUGAGCUACUGACAGAAAAGGUUGAGCGGUUGAAGCGAAAGAUCUACGGUUUUGUCAUUCAGCAUGUUGGGACUACGUUUGAUUACUCCUCGCCCCUUGCUUCAUCUUGAUUUUCUCUUUUUGGAUCAAAUUUGUUUUUGUAACUCUUAUGUUUAAAGUUUAUCUGAACAGAUGUGCUUCUCAAACUGAAUUGUUUUGUGUCAUUUUUCAAGGCAAAAUGAUAAUUGAUUCAUUGUAAAAUGAGUGCAGCAGGUUUUUCAUCAGUAGAUUCUUAGUGUGGUUUGGAUUCUUGAAUUCUUUUAAUUUGACAAAAGGAUAAACUUUAGCUUUGAGAGAAUAGUUAGAACUAAA